UCAUUUUUCCUCGGUAACCACGCCUGGCUUUAACAAAACAUGGCGGCUUAAGCGUCUGUGUUUUCCUGGUGUUAUCAUAUAUCAUCACUGUCGGUUUCUUACAAUACUUUCGUUGAUACAAAUGUCAUUACACUACCACCCGCAACGAUGUUAUCGCCUACCGCUUUGAAUAUGUUUUCGCCGUCUCCAGCUAGUUCGGAAGAAAUCGGCUCCUCGGCCCUGUUUCCAUCGCUUGAUACAGGCCUUUCAACUUCUGGCAUGACUUCAGAAGAGAUUGACGAGCAACCCGAAGGGGAAGAAAAUGAAUAUGCUGAUGCUGCAGAAUCCACCAAGGCAGAAUUCAUUGAAAAAACUCUGUUGAGAGCAUCUGAACAAAUUUUGCUUCAAAGUGGAGGAAAAUUACAUGUCAAAGAUAUUGCUGAUAGAAUUGUAGAAAGUGGGCUCAUCCCACCCAGAUCAAAGGCUUUGAACAGUCUAGAAUCAAUCUUGUAUCGUGAGGCAAGUAAACUUCUUUCACUUAUAACUUGUAGAUCACAAUGUAAGUAA